AGGCUCCUCCUCCGUCGCCGUAUAGGUCUAUAAAUAGGCUCGCCAUCGCCACCUUCACCUCUCCUCUCACUCACCACACUCUCUUCAGUCUCACACAUCGCCAUUACCGUGCUAGCUAGCUUAGCUCACUCUGUCACUCAAGCUCUAAGAAAUCAAUCAAGGUCAAGGAAGCGGUUUGUCUUGCUUUGCGUCGAUCGCAGCCAUGUCGUCCUCCAUGGUGUCGUCCAAGACCUCGCUGCCGGCGGUGGCGGGGUACGGUGGUGACGGUGAAGGCGGCAGCGUCGACGCUGCUUCCUCGGCGGCGCCGGUGACGAGCUGCCUGUACCUGCACCCCGGCGCGGGGACGCUGGACAAGGACGCCGUUCUGCGCCGCAUCCGCCACCGGAGGCGCCACAACCGCCUCCGCGACACGCUGCGCUCCAUGCUGCAGGCGCCGCCGCCGCCGCAAGAGACGGAGAACAUGGACGGCGGCGCCGCCGAGCGGCAUCUCCCGUGGCCGCUCGACGACGCCUUCUCCGCGCCGUAGAUUUGCGCUCUUCCCUUGUGCAGAUUAAAGCAAUGCCAUGAUCCAGUGUGGGAUCGCCUGUUCUUGUGUAGAUCGAUCAAGAACAGGCGAAGAUGAUCGAGCGUAGUGCCUAGCGCAGUAGAUGUGUGUAUUGUAAAAUUACUGCAAGGGUAUGAUGGAGCCAUGGAUCAAAGAUUUAUUCUGAUGUCUUCUUUGUAUAAUUGCUUGCCUACUUGGUGUAGUUAUGAAUCAUGAUCGAGUAAUUGAAGAAUGUUUGGAUCAAA